GUGGCACCGGUCUCAGCGGCCUUGAAGAUUAUUUCUCCCACCUAGUACGUUAUGGAUGAGACGCGGCCCUUUGGUUUCAGUUUUGCCGCGCUCGCUCUUGAAAGAUGUUCGACCUAGACUCGGCGAUAUUCCACGUGAAAGGGAAAGACAAGCUAGCAGGUCAAAUAGAUGCCUAUAGUUAAAUCAAAGUACAAUGCAUUUCAGCUAUUGCUGCCUGUUUAGCAGAGAAGGCUUGGGUGACAAAUUAACAGCCCAUGGACAUGCUUAUCCAGCCUAUCGAAACCCCCGAUAUCAUACUCUGAGGCUCACCGGGCGGGCGUCCUUGUUUCCCUUGUCAAAGUUAUGGUCCGAUUCGCCCAGUAUUUUAUGAUAAGCUGAAAUAAGGUGACUUGUCGCUAUGAAGGCUUCGUUUAAAUGUUAGCUCAUCCCCGUCAUUUUCCACAUCGUUCGCAAUGAAUUCUCACAUGCCCGACCCUCUGCGGAUUCAAUGGACGAGAUCCAUGACCGAGAUUCAACGCCGGCAGACGAAUCUCAUUUUGGGACUCAGGCCUCAUACAUCCUCGCCGGUCUCGCUGCGGUCUGGUUGGCUUCAAUGGGCCUCGUGGGUAUUCGCUCCAUCGUGAAACGUAGAAGACAGCACAUGCUAGCACAAGGGGAUAUUGAGAGCCGACAUGUCGCUCCGGGCGGCAUAGUGACUUUGCAAACUCUCGACUCCACAAGCCCAGCUGAAAGCUACAAAUUCCCCCCGUCGUCUAAAACGCAGCCAUCUUUGGAAUCGCACACUAUUGAUUCGUCAGAACUCUGUGCGAUCUGUCUCGAAGUAUUUGAGAGUUCAGAGACCGUGCGACGAUUGAAGUGUGAGCAUGUCUAUCAUCAGGAAUGAAUCGACCGUUGGUUCCGAGGGCGGCAUUUCACUUGUCCGUUAUGCAAAUCAAUUUAUGUGGCACGGCCAGUCAGCGCUGCAUCAUGUUAAUCGUUGGGUGAUUCAAACUUUUUAUUCAGUAUUGGAAUAAAGUAUAAUUAAAACCAGCCUUUGUCACAUAUAGUACGAGGACCCUCAAUAUGGUGGCUUGAAGCACAUCUCAAUCAUCC